UCUCUCUCUCUCUGUCAGGAUGAACUCAGCACCCCCUGCAGGAAGUGCUUUAUCAGCUCCAGCGGGCGGAGUCGGCCCAACUACGCCGAAAAAGGGCCCACCAAAAUUCAAACAGAGACAAACACGCACAUUUAAGAGCAAGGCGCCUAAACCUGGGCAGAAAGGGUUUGGUGAUGACAUUCCAGGAAUGGAGGGCCUCGGCACAGAUUUCACGGUGGUGUGCCCCUGGGAGGCCUUCGGUGACAUGGAGCUCAGCGACCUUGCCAAAUAUGGCAUUAUUUAAAUCCCGCCUCUCUUAUCGUCUCUCUGCCUUUAUCUCCACCCCUUCCUAACAGACACCACGCCCCCUCCGAUAAAAGACACUGAUAUUGAUGUAUACAUAUGAAUAUAUUAGAAUUUGUAUUAGAUUCCUCUUAUUAUUAUUACUAUUAUUAUUAGAUUUUAUACUCUUGGUUAUGAUAGGUCUAUCAUCCUUCCUCCUCUGCCACGCCCACCUGCCCUCCCAACAUCACCGUAAUAAUGAAUGUUAAUAGCAGUAGUGCUCUCAUCCUGCACGUGGAUGUGUUCUUAUAUAAAUAAUGCAUUCUAAAUAUUCUGUUCGCUACUAAUCUCCAAUUUUCAGCUUCACCGAUGAAGAAUAAAUGUGAAUGUCUGUUUGGAAUUAUCUGGGGUAGAAUUCAGUAAAGUUUUUAUUUUCAAUAAAAUUGUCUGUUUCAUUAUUAUUAUUAUUAUUAUUAUUAUUAUUAUUAUUAUUAUUCACAGUAACUUGGU